GGAAGGUCCCCAGGAGGCGGGCCCUCCUAGAAGCCUGCGGCGGAGCUGGGAGGGCUGGGCCGUUAUCCUUCCACAGGGAGUAGAUCCUGGGCUUCUUCGCUUCGAUCCGCCCACGAGGGGACGCGGUUCCCUGAAAGUGAAUUACACUUUAAUGUACUCCAAAUUGUAUGCUACUGAUGGGAACUAUUAAAGUUUAUAAUGUCAGAAACUUUCCUUAGACCAAAGGUAUCUUCCACAAAGGUAACAGACUGGGUAGAUCCAUCAUUUGAUGAUUUUGCAUCGACUACUGCCAUCACUACUAUCACUGCUUCAUCUUUAGGUUUGAAUAAUUCCAGUCACAGAAGAAAAAAAUUGCCCUCCACAUUAGACAGUAACAGACUGCCAGCUAGAAAAAGAGGAAAGCUGUCUUCUUUACAACAGACUUAUGGUGUAGAAACUUCAAAAGAGUAUCUGUCUGACAUUGAGCCGUGGGUAGAUAAAUAUAAACCAGAAACUCAGCAUGAACUUGCUGUGCAUAAAAAGAAAAUUGAAGAGGUUGAAACCUGGUUAAAAGCUGAAGUCUUAGAAAUGAAGCCAAAACAGGGUGGCUCUAUUUUAUUAAUAACAGGUCCUCCAGGAUGUGGGAAAACAACUACUAUAAAAAUACUAUCAAAGGAGCAUGGGAUCCAAGUACAAGAAUGGGUUAAUCCUGUCUUACCAGAUUUCCAAAAAGAUGAAUACAAGGAAUUACUUAAUUUAGAAUCAAAAGUCUACAUAGUUCCAUACCAAUCUCAGAUAGCAGUCUUCAAUGACUUUCUGUUAAGAGCCACCAAGUAUAACAAACUGCAGAUGCUUGGAGAUGAUCUGACAACUGAUAGGAAGAUAAUUCUGGUUGAAGAUUUACCUAAUCAGUUUUAUCGGGAUUCUCAUGCUUUACAUGAAGUUCUAAGGAAGUAUGUGCAGAUUGGCCGAUGUCCUCUUGUAUUUAUAAUCUCUGACAGCGUCAGUGGAGAUAGCAAUCAGCGGUUACUCUUUCCCAAAAAGAUUCAAGAGGAGUGUUCUAUUGCAAACAUUAGUUUCAACCCUGUGGCACCAACAAUUAUGAUGAAAUUUCUUAAUAGAAUCAUGACUAUAGAAGCUAGUAAGAACGGAGGAAGAGUUGUUGUUCCUGAUAAAAUGUCCCUGGAGUUGCUCUGUCAAGGGUGUUCUGGUGAUAUCCGAAGUGCAAUAAACAGCCUCCAGUUUUCUUCUUCAAAGGGAGAGAGCAGUUUAUGGUCAAAGAAAAAAAGAACGUCAUUGAAGUCGGAUGCUGAGAGAUCAAAAUCAAAACCAAGAAAGAAACAUAAUAAUGCUUUGGAAAAUCAAGAGAUCCAAGCUAUUGGUGGAAAAGAUGCUUCUCUCUUUCUCUUCAGAGCUCUGGGGAAAAUUCUGUACUCUAAAAGAGCACCUUUAACAGAAUUAGACUACGCUCCCUUGCCUGCCCACUUGUCAGAGCAUGAACGGGAUAUGUUACUUGUUCAGCCUGAGGAAAUAGUAGAAAUGUCACAUAUGCCUGGAGACUUUUUUAAUUUAUACCUUCACCAAAACUACGUAGAUUUCUUCAUGGAAGUAGAUGAUCUUGUGAGAGCCAGUGAGUUUCUAAGCUUUGCAGAUGUCCUCGGUGGUGACUGGAAUACACGCUCUAUACUCAGGGAAUAUAGUACAUCUGUAGCUACAAGAGGUGUGAUGCAUUCCAAUAAAUCCCGGGGAUUCGCUCACUGCCAAGGAGGAGGAUCAAGCUUUCGACCCCUACAUAAACCUCAGUGGUUUCUAAUACACAAAAAGUAUCGGGAAAAUUGCCUGGCAGCAAAAGCACUCUUUUUUGACUUCUGCCUACCAGCUUUGUGUCUUCAGACUCAGCUCUUGCCGUAUCUUGCUCUGCUGACCAUUCCAAUGCGAAAUAAAGCUCAGAUUUCUUUUAUCCAAGAUAUUGGAAGACUUCCUUUGAAGAGAAACUUUGGAAGGUUGAAAAUGGAAGCCCUGAGUGACCGAGAGCUGAUUGACCCUGACAGUGGGGAUGAACUGCAGCAUAAUGGAGGACCGCCUGUACAGGAAGCUCAGGGUGAAGCCUCUCAGACUGCUGACCCAGAAACCUGGUCUCUUCCUUUGAGUCAGAACAGUGGGAGUGACCUGCCUGCCAGCCAGCCUCAGCCCUUUUCCUCCAAAGUGGACAUGGAGGAAGAAGAGGAAGAAGACAUAGUGAUAGAGGACUAUGACAGUGAUGAGACAUAGAAAACAGCCUGCCAAUCAAAUUGCUACCUGAGAGACUUAUCCAGUGGUACUUGAACAGCAUUAACACACUUUGGUUAAUUGCUCAGUUCUUAUAGUUUCCAUUACAAGCAGCUGACUUCUGUCAUCUUGAAGUAAAACAGGUCUCAAGUACUCAGUAAUUAGUAUUUAUUUAAUCUUGUGAAUGGUUUAGGGAGGAGAGGCCAUGUUGUGAAGUAUGUUUUUGAAUGUCGUGCUUAAAUAUCAGAAAAUGUGAAGGAGUAAUCCAGAAUAUUCAGACUUUAUGGGGUGUUGUAAAUGUGAUUUAUAAAACAAUUUAGGAUGCAAUUAUGAGUAUAAAUAAAAUUUGUGCCUUAUUUACAGUUUGCAUUUAGCUUCUCAGACACCAUUUUGGUAUGUUGUACAGUGGAAUAUUUUAGAUACUUCUGGAAAAUAUUUACAUAAUUUAUAUCAAAAUUAAAAUGUUGGAUUUCA